AUGUGGUCUUUUAAAAUGGCGCGGUGCUGCGCCAGUUGCUGCUGCUGCUGCUGCCGCCGUCCAUCCGCCCGCCCUCGCGUGCUCUCCUCGUCGUCCUGUUUCUUCUCUCCCAGUCUGUCGGUUGGUCAUCGUCUUCAAACGUUUUAUAAGUCGACGGUCAAGUCUCCAACUACACCACCAUCGCCACGGGCUCGGCGACGCCUAGCUCCACGCCUCGUUUCCGGGAAAGCCAGCGCUCGUGGCCUUGUCCGUGAUCCUGCCUCGCCGACGGACGGGCAGUCUCUUCUGCAUCGCGCGACUCUCAACCCGCCCCGCGAUGCGCAGCGUGAACGCAAAAGGACCAACUCCGUACUGCUGCUGCUCGAUCCCUGCCUCUGCCGCGAUUGCCCGCAUCCAACGAGUGUCACGCGACGUCCACGUGCCCUCACCGUCGCACAAUUGAGAACCGUCCGUCGAAGAAAUCACAAGCAGUGA